AUGGAUGUCACCAAAAAUCUUUCAAUUGUUCAUGACAUUAGCCCUGUGGAAUUGGUAAAGAAAAAUGCCAAUGCACAUGCUCAAACUGUUCUUGACUUUGUCACAACCCAGCAAGAACGUGUGAUGGGAAAUGUUAAAUCUUAUUUGAGCAGCUCGUCUUUGAACAAAGAUAUUGGUUUAUCUGUUUUAGAUGAAACUUCUCAUAAAUUAGUGGAAGAGAAAUUAGUCAAUGAUAUUAAAUCUUGUGAAACACUCUUCGCAUCCAUUCAAGAAAAAAUAAUAGCACCACUUGGUCAGCUUGAAGAACAGAAGAAAAAGUUGAAUGAAGUAAUUAAAGAACGUCAAAUGAUUAUUAGUUCUUGGAAAAAAGAACUUUCGGAAGUUGAAACUUUGUAUCAAAGAAAGUACAGCAAAAUUGAUCGUUUUAUUGUACGUUAUUGUGAUAAUGAUAUGUCUUUUUGCAAACCCCAGGUAAAUAAUGUGUCUUCAAAGUCUCUCAACCCCAAAUUUAAAAUGGCAGAACUUUUAAAGGCUGCUCGUAAAUACUCCUUAACCAAUAGCAAGAAGCCUAAAAGAGGCAAGAUUACCAAAAAUGAAAAGGAUACCACUGGACCAUAUGGCACAUAUAAUGAAAUUCAGAAAUCUGUUUUGUAUAGAAUUCAUUUGGUUCAACUUGCUUAUGUCUUGGAUUGCAUCUACACAUGCCAAAAGCUUGAAGAUCUUGAAGCGAAAAAGACCGAGGAGCUUCAUGCGAGUUUUAUUAAGGCUCAAACAGAAAUUAACACAAGUCGUCGCCGUUCAUGA